AUGGCUGCCGUCAGUAUGAUGCCCGCCAUGCUUGGGGGCCAGCACGGCGACGACCGACAAGAUCUACCACGACCGUACAAAUGCCCGCUCUGCGAUAAGGCUUUCCACCGUCUCGAGCACCAAACCAGACAUAUCCGCACCCACACGGGCGAGAAACCACACGCGUGCCAGUUUCCCGGCUGCACCAAACGAUUCUCGCGAUCCGAUGAGCUGACUCGACACUCAAGGAUACACAACAAUCCCAACAGCCGGAGGAGUAACAAAACCACACAGGGAAUGCCUCAGCACCAUGGUCAUAACGGUGGAAUGGACCAUGGGCCAGCGAUGGCGACCAUGAUGCCACCGCCAAAGAACAAUAUGACCAGAUCGGCUCCGGCGUCGGCCAUUGGAUCGCCCAACGUCUCUCCACCACACUCCUUUGCUUCGUACUCCACAGCCAUUCCUUCUGGUCUCAAUCCGUACGGGGGACGAAGUCUGGCGGGCAGCCCAAGCAACGGAGAACUAGGUGUGAAUCUUCUAGCCACCGCUGCAACACAAGUCGAGAGAGACAGCACGUUAGCGACGCACCAUCCACACCACGGUUCCAGACACCAUCCGUAUUAUAGCCACAGUAACCAUAAUAGCAGGAAUCACCUCCCUUCCCUUUCUGCUUAUGCCAUGUCAAGAUCGCACUCACACGAGGAUGACGAUCAUUACGCACAUCGACAUGCCAAGCGAUCCCGACCAAAUUCGCCAAAUAGCACUGCUCCUUCUUCUCCCACCUUCUCUCAUGACUCUUUAUCUCCUACGCCGGAUCACACCCCUCUCGCUACGCCAGCUCAUUCUCCUCGCCUGAGACCUUACGGAGGCGGUUACGAUUUACCAGGUAUUCGUAACUUGUCGCUCCAACACACUCCAGCUCUUGCACCCAUGGAACCACAACAUCUCGAUGGACAAUAUCACAAUUCCACUCAAGCGACCUCUGCUCCAAGAAGCGGCUUAACGAUUAGCGACAUCAUGUCGAGGACGGAUGGAACGCAACGAAAGCUACCCGUCCCGCAAGUGCCCAAGGUUGCGGUUCAGGACUUGUUGACGACCGGCGAGAAUGGUUUCAACUCGAGUGGCCAGAGCAGCACGACGGGUAGCAUCGCAGGCGGUGAUCUCAUGGAUCGCAUGUAA